AUGAGCGCCCUCGGAAACCCAGCAGCGCUGUUGAAAGCACUCAUUGCUCGAAUCCCUCUAAUCCUGAAAACCGUCCUCCUCCACGGAAUCGGGCAAUCUAAUGGCUUUGGAAAACAAGAUCUCCGCACCGAGUUAACUGUCGCGGUAAUCCGCUCGUUCAUGAGCCAUGGCGUCCCCAUCGGCAAGCAGCAAAAGGGGACCAUGCGGGACCCAGGGAUCAAGGGUCCACUGUGGGUGUCCAAAGUGACGAUUCAGCAGCCCGAGGUUGAUGUGCAGGAGGCUGUUAUCCGGGCGAUUGAGGAGUUGAAGUCCGGUGGUGAGACGUAUGAUAUCCCUGGUGUUGGGCCGGUUGAGGCAGAGUGGACGGGGUAUCGGAGGGGAGUGCAGAAGAAUACGCCACAGCCGGAAAUCUCCGAGGCGGAAAAAUAUGAGCAGCUCAAGAAGGAGUCGUCGGAGGAUAUGGUUGUGCUUUAUUUCCAUGGAGGGGCUUACUACCUCAUGGAUCCCUGCACACACCGAGCAGCGGUAUCCCAGAUCUCUAAGCGAACAGGCUCGCCGGUCCUCUCAGUGCGCUACCGGCUUGCGCCACAAAACCCGUUCCCUGCUGCUCUCGUGGACGCCCUUGUCGCAUACCUCUACCUCAUUUCUCCACCCCCAGGCUCCCUCCAUGCCCCCGUCCAGCCAAACAAGAUCAUACUCGCUGGCGACUCUGCAGGAGGAAACCUCGCAACGGUCCUCCUCCAAACCCUCCUCACCCUUAACCGCCUCUCCCACACCGUCCUCUUCCAUGGGAACAAAAUCCCCAUAACCCCACCAGGCGGCCUCGCCGUCUCCUCCCCCUGGACCGACAUCUCGCGAUCCAUGCCCUCGAUCCUCAAGAACGCACCGUACGACUACCUUCCCGUUCCUCUUCAAACCCUCAACUCAGACACCGACUCCUCUAACCCUGAGAAACAACAACAACCAUUCCAACCCCCACCCAUCCCCUCUGACGAAUUCUGGCCCGCCUCCCCACCCCGCGUCGACUACUUCGUCGACGCCGAAACGAUCACACACCCGCUCGUCUCCCCUAUCGCAGCUCCCAUACAUCUCUGGAAAGAUUCCCCGCCCAUCUUCAUCUCCACGGGCGAAGAAGCCCUCGCCGACGAGGGCCUCAUCCUGGCACGCAAGAUGCAUCGCGCGGGUGCGCCCGUAAUCGCGCAGCAGAUCGAGGGCAUGCCGCAUUGUUUUGGGCUUCUUAUGCCCGGAUCCAAGGCCGGGAGGGCGUUUUACGAUGACCUUGGGGCGUUCUGCUAUGAUGCCGUCGAUGGGAAGAUAAAGAAGGGGAGUGAGGGGGUUGGGGAGUUGGAGUUUGUCGGGUUCAAGCCAGAGAAGAGUGCGAGGGUGUCGCUUGAGGAGGUCGAAGGGCUGUUAGAGGAUGAGGAGGUUGAGGGGGUACUGAGGCGGGCCAAGGAAUGGAGAGUUGAAGGCGAGAGGGAGCUUAGGAGGAUUUGGAAGGCGGAGGGGAGGGCGCGGCUUUAA